AUGGGUGAAAAACAAUAUCUGGGCCAAUCCGAGAAUCAAAGGAGGUUGGUUGCCGGUUCCCAGAAAUCACAAACAGUCUCAGAUGACGUUCUGGAAAAGAGAAGACAGCGAUUCAGCAAGUCUCCUGUCCAAAACAACGACUAUGGGUUACUCAGCCGAGGAGAAGACUUCAGACUACAGAAAGAUUUCAAUGCGAGAGUGGAGUUCUUCGAGAGAAUCAAAACAAAGUAUGAUGAAGCGGAUUUAGAAAAGGUACCAGAAAACAUGGCAUGGGUCUUGAUGUCCCUGCGAAAAUUGAGAGAAGCGUUAAUAGCAAUUGAAACGACAAUUUUCACCAAGGAGGUGUUCCUCUACUCGGUGAGGGUUUCAGCGAGUGUGCAGAAUCACCAGGCUUAUGUUCCUGCAAUAGUUCAUCUUCUGCAGAAGAUACGACAGACAGUGGGACUGAACAAAGACGAAGAAAGAGAAGUUCUAACAUAUCUGAUUUUGCACAAACUGCACCAUAACGGAGCUAUAAACGAUGCCUUUGAACUGUUCUUCAAGUACGUGGAUGUACUUGGAGACGGGACCAGUCUUACUCCUGGGCAAUCGCUGGACAUGGAGAAAAUGUCAGAUCCCCAGCGAUUAUAUGCGACACUGGUCUCAUACUCAAACAGAGACUUCUACACAUGGAUUCGACUUUACAAGCGGGAACUUUCUUCGAAGGAUGCUAUCCGUGCCAGAAACGGUGCGAUAAUGGGAUUGGGGCACCGCAAAGUCCUUGAUUGGGCUUUGACUAGCAUUGGGUCGGCAUAUUUUGUGAUGAAGAGACUUGAUCUUGAGAUGUUCACUGGUGAGUCUUGGGAAUCACUGGUGGGUGACUAUAACUGUUUGUGGAGAAUUGAAGGCGAGGUUGUCACUAUACGAGAAAGGAAGAGGACGCUGAAAUAG